UACAGCUCAAUUAUGCCACUGGCAAGCAUUUCACACAUCCACAUGCAAAUGCAAGAGGUGGUUCCCUAAUGAUCCAUUGCUUCUGUUGAAGAACCCUUUCGUUUUCUCUCUCUCUCUCUUUCUACCGACAUUAUCUUUCUUUAUAUCAGCCGUCUAGGCUGAGUUCUAAAGCAAAAGGAAAAAAGCAAAGGGUUGGCUGUGACCCUUUUGCACAAAGGAAAAGAGGGUGCUGUGUUAAAAAAAUACAGAACUUGGUUGGUUCAAAGUUGCAGCAAGUUUGUCCCUUUUCCAUAUCCACAUUUUGGGUUAGGGAGGGAAGGAGAAACACCAAGAAUCAAGAAAUGGGGUGCUCCAUGAGAGUGUGUAGUGUCUUAUUUUUGACAGUGUUGCUAGUGGCAUUUGCAAGAGGGGAGGACCCUUAUAGGUUUUACACUUGGAAUGUCACAUAUGGAGACAUUUAUCCUCUUGGUGUUAAACAACAGGGGAUUUUGAUAAACUGGCAAUUUCCAGGGCCACAAAUUGAGGCCGUGACCAAUGAUAACUUGAUCAUCAAUGUUUUCAAUAGCUUGGAUGAACCUUUCCUCUUAUCUUGGAAUGGAGUGUUGCAGAGGAGAAACUCAUGGCAGGAUGGAGUGUAUGGUACCAAUUGUCCAAUUCCACCAGGGCAGAACUUCACUUAUGUUCUUCAAGUGAAGGAUCAAAUUGGUAGCUACUUCUACUACCCUUCUCUUGCAUUCCACAAGGCAGCAGGAGGUUAUGGUGGAUUCAAAAUUGCGAGCCGCCCCGGGAUUCCAGUGCCUUUCUCUCCUCCGGCGGGAGAGUUCACCAUAUUGGCCGGAGACUGGUACAAGAGAAAUCAUACAGAUUUGAGGGCAAUUUUAGAUGGUGGAAGUGACCUUCCCUUCCCUGAUGGACUUAUCAUCAACGGACGCGGUUCCAAUGCCUACACAUUCACAGUUGAUCAAGGCAAGACAUACAGAUUCAGGAUUUCAAAUGUGGGUCUCACAACUUCAAUCAAUUUCAGAAUCCAAGGUCAUAAAAUGACAAUUGUUGAGGUGGAAGGGACCCACACUCUCCAGAACAUUUAUGAUUCACUUGAUGUUCAUCUGGGCCAGACUUACUCUGUGUUGGUUACGGCUGAUCAACCACCCCAAGACUACCUUAUUGUUGUCACAACACGAUUUACCUCUCAAGUGUUGAAUGCUACCUCCAUUUUUCGUUACAGUAAUUCUGGAGGAAGUGUUACUGGCCUUUUUCCUUGGGGGCCAACUAUUCAAGUUGAUUGGUCUUUAAACCAAGCUCGCUCUCUUAGGAGGAAUUUGACAGCAAGUGGGCCAAGGCCUAAUCCACAAGGAUCAUACCAUUAUGGUUUGAUAAACACAACUCGUACAAUUAGACUUCAAAAUUCUGCUCCAGUUAUCAAUGGCAAACAGAGAUAUGCUGUGAAUAGUGUGUCCUUCAUACCUGCUGAUACACCACUUAAACUGGCUGAUUACUACAAGAUCCAAGGGGUGUUCUCUCUUGGAAGUAUCUCUGACAACCCCACUGGUGGUGGUGGUUACCUUCAAACUUCUGUCAUGGAAGCCGAUUUCCGUGGCUUUCUGGAGGUUGUGUUUGAGAAUACUGAAGACACUGUGGAAUCUUGGCACAUUGACGGCCACAGUUUCUUUGUAGUAGGAAUGGAUGGAGGACUAUGGUCACAAGCAAGCAGGCUUGGUUACAAUUUAAGAGAUACAGUUUCUCGUUCCACAGUUCAGGUUUAUCCCAAGUCAUGGACUGCACUGUACAUGCCUUUGGACAAUGUGGGAAUGUGGAAUGUGAGAUCUGAGAAUUGGGUUCAUCAGUAUUUGGGCCAGCAAUUUUAUCUGAGGGUUUAUUCUCCUGCAAAUUCGUGGAGAGAUGAGUAUCCAAUUCCAAGCAAUGCUCUGAGGUGUGGCAAAGCUGUGGGUCACUAUUAAUGCUCUACCACCAUGGAGAUUUUUCUUCAACGGUGUCAUUCAUUUCCAUUCAAGGCUUAACUCAAGCCAAUAUUCUAUUCUACCAUUCAUGUUGUGAUGCCAUAGAUUAUAGAAUUAUAGGUUGGCCAUGUCCUUCUCUUCAUGAUGUUAUUGCGUCCAAAUUCAGCUAUAAGAGCAUAUAUGUAUUUGGAUUAUGAUAUUCUUAUUUAUACUAUUUAUUUAAAUAGGUUCAAGGGACCUAAUUUUAAUGUGGCAUGGAAA